AUUGCACCUAAUGCGUGACAUGUGCUUGAACGCCAACCACAAAACCUUAACCACACUGGCUUAAACGUCGAGGCACAAAAAACGUUAUUUGCUGUACAUUGAAAGCUAUUUAUUUAUUUGUUUGUUUCUUUUAUAUCUAAUUACAAGAUGUUUCUGGCUUGAAUCUGUGGACCGCUUCAAAACUUUAUUGUGGUUGUGAGCUGUGAGACAAAGAGACAUCCUUGCAUAAUGGUGAUGGAGUCUAACUACAGUGAGAUACAUAAGAAUGACCCCAGCCUUAUCAUUUUUAACCGAGUAGCCUACACACCCGUGUUCAUUUUAGGCCUUGUCCUGAAUUUCUCAGCCUUGUGGUGCUUCAAGCGCACCCCCCAGUGGACGGACACUCACAUCUACAUGCUCAACCUCCUGCUCACAGACUUCUUACUGACCCUUUUCCUGCCUUUCCGCAUAAUCGAGACCUUCCGCCCCAUGAAACUGACGGGCUUGUGUACAUUCCUGAUAUGUGUACAUUACACCAACAUGUACGCUAGCAUCUUCACCAUCACAGCCAUCAGCAUCCAUCGUUACUCAGCCGUCAGGUUCCCCAUUUGGAACAAAUCCUCAGGCGCCUCAGAGGCCAGGAGAAAGAAGAUAGCGAGUGGGACGUGUCUUUUCAUCUGGCUCUUUGUCAUAAUACUCUGCAUAAUUUUCAGUCCAAAUAUGCAUUCAGAUAAGCUAAGAACAUGCUAUGUACGCAAAGACGCUGAGAAGAUGAGCUAUCAGUUCCUAUUGGUUUUGGAAAUUCUUGGGUAUCUUCUACCAAUAGUCACCAUCACGACCUGUUCCACACAAACAAUCAGGACUUUGCUAAAGUCGUUAAAGGACAUCCGUGAGCACACAGAGGAGGAAAUUAUCGACAAAAGGAAAAACGUCAUCGCCAUAAUCACAGCCAACAUGAUAGUUUUCAUUGUGUGCUUCACCCCGAUCCAUGCUGGUUAUUUGGUGAGAUACUUUUCAGAACUAAAUAAUACAGUACGUUACUUUUAUGAAGUCUCUGAGUGGUUAGCGACAACAAAUUGCUGCCUUGAUUCUGUGGGAUAUUACUUUUUGUUGAAAAAAGUUUUCAGAGACAAGCGGUAACAUUUGAAUCCUACUGUUGGGAGAAAAAGGUCCAUUUUAUACUGCUUUUGAACGUGAGACAAAAGUGUAACCUUGGUGGGGAGAAUGGAUGCUGUAUGUGCUGACUGACUGACUUUUUAAUAUUUUGAGGUAUGUUUAAGCUAUUUUACUAGUAACGCCAAAGAAUAGGAAACAUACUCUAGUAAUCUAAAUCUAAAAGCAUGUGACAAUGAAAAGAUGAACCAAAUUUUUUGUACCCACAAAAGAGAUGUGGGUAUGGUUUCAGAAUUUUUUUUUUUUUUUUUUUUUUUUAAUCAGAUAACAAGAACGGAAAUAGGAAAUAUGCAGGUGCUAAUCUUUUCAUCUCAUAUUUACUGGCAAGUUGUGUCAGGUGACCAAUAGUAAUGUACAGAAAGAUACAAAUCUAAAGAUGCUUAGAUGUUUCCCCCCUUCUUUUAAAAAAAUUAAGAUUAAGAGAUUCUCAAGGGAAAAUCACACAGAGUAAAUUUUGUACAUGCCUGUAAAUUAUUUGUUGUGAAUAUGUGAGUUAUAUGUGUUAAGCCCGAAAACAUUGUUAUGUGCAUGAGUCAAGACGUCAUGUGAACAGUCAGUCGUGAAAAUUUGAGAAAAUCACAUCUGUGAAAAUAACAACCACGUGUACAGCAUUUGAAACUUGUCAAAUUUUGUCAAACUUGUAUUAUAAUACUGUGCAUUAAAACAUUUUUUAUGGUGGUGAAUAAAAAGGGGAUGGAAAUGAUUGCUUUUUCAUUAGAAUGCAUUAGACCAACCGUUUAAACCUUCAUGCACACAUUCCAUACUGACAUGAUUUACUUUACCACAUACCAUAUUACCACAUUAGUGAAAACACUGUCAUGCGUCAUAGAUGCAGCAACUAAGCCUACGUGGUGGUUUUAAGCUAAAGGUUGCAGUGUCGACCCACAUGCUAAGUUCAAACAUUGGACACAAUAAUCAAGCCAUAUACACAAUAAUACAAGGUAAGACAUGCAGUGAAAUGCUUUCAGGACUGUCCUUGUUAUAAAAAAAAAAAAAUUGAGUCAAUGAAAAUGAAUAUAAAUGUAAAGUAAAAUAAAAUGGAAUUAGCUGUACAGAACAGGAAAAAAUAUAUAUAAUUAAAAACAUAUAUUUUUUUUAAAAAAAUACAGUGACUGAUAAUAUGAAUAUGAAUAUGAAUAUGGUGAUAUUGAUUUUAUGUACCAAUGGGCUUCAUUAGAAGGAGUGUCCACAUACUUAUAAUGUAUAUACUGUUAAUGAACAUGAUUUUACUUUUCUAUU